AUGGCUGAUACAACCACCGACCCUGCCUUGGUAGCAGCAGACCUUACCCAGCCAACGGAUCUCCAGUCGCCCAAAGAAAGACACUCUUUAACCCUCGAUCAACGUCGCGCACUUCGGAGGUGGGCAAACUCGCAAACGAUUCGACCCGCGCAUAAAGCGUGUAUCGAAUGGUUCUAUUCACAAUAUGGCCAGCAAAUAAGUCAGUCAACGGUGUCGCAUUCACUGUCACCGAAAUACUCGCGGCUCGACGGCGACAACCCGCAGCUCUCAGGCUCUCGCUUGCGAUUUGGCAAUUGGCCGGACGUUGAAAAGCUCGUUCUUCUAUGGUAUCAACAAGUUCAGGCGUCUGGUCGCCAACCAACAAAUGACGAGCUCGGGGAAAAGGCGAAGUCUAUAUUCGUUCAAUUACCGCGUUACAGGGACGAAAACGCGCCCGAGUUUUCUCCUGGCUGGAUACAUCGAUUCAAGAAACGCUAUGGUCUUCUUGUCCGACGACAGCGGCGGCCAGGGGAAGGUGGCAUCGACCCUGCCGAGGAUAUCGACUACCUGGCCGACUGUGUUCCCAGGGUGAUGGCUGUUGCCCCUGAUACGAGCCCUGCCGCUAUCAAAGAACAAGUCCUCCGCGUAGUUGGAGUGGAAGCCAGCCUCAACACGUGCGCCUUGGUGAGAGACGAGGUUUUGAGGAGAAUGAAUGCUGAACACCAAUCACCACUGCCGCAACAUACAAUGGCCCAUCCCGAACCUAUUCCUCCCCCGCCGCCUCCACCCGAGCAACCAAUGUAUGCGGAUGACGACGCGGAAAUUGUCCUUCAGAAUGCUUUGCGUCAACUCCAACAGGAAGAGCAGGCAGCCGAGGAACAAGCAGCCGCCGCCCGAGAGGAACGAGAACGAGCGGAGCGGACUGGACUGCAUGCAGCUGGCAUAGUGGCAACACCGGGCGGACGAGAGUCUGUCGAUCCUCGGUACGGUACGCCUGCGCAGGACAUGACACACGACCUGACUCUUACACCCAUCCACUCUGAUGGGCCGAUUUCGUCUAAUGAGCGACCCAUACGCUGUCCUUUCUGCGUUAAUCAGCGCAUGCUACGCACAAUCAAGGAAGCUGUCGAGCAUAUGUCUACACAUGUUGUUGUGUGA